AUGAGCAGAGCGAUGAGCUCGUCACUGGGCGCACGACCGUUGUCUGCCGAGGCCUACAAUGUCAAGGAAUUGCCUGGCGACGAGCCCAACGAUGUCGUCUUCGAGAGCAAGUACGGACUUAGAACCGUGCUGCUAAACCGCCCAAAGAAGCUCAACUCCCUCAAUGGAUCCAUGAUUCGCAAGAUCGUUCCCCGGCUGAUCGAGUGGGAGAAGUCUGACAUGGCAAACGUCAUUGUCAUGAAGGGUGCUGGCGAGAAGGCUCUUUGCGCCGGCGGCGAUGUUGCCGCACUGGCUCAGUACAACCAGGAGGGUGCCGAUGGAUGGAAGAAAUCAGCCGACUACUUUGCUCUCGAAUACCAGCUGGACCACUACAUUGCCACAUAUCAGAAGCCCUACAUUGCCUUCAUGGACGGUAUCACCAUGGGUGGCGGCGUUGGACUGAGUAUCCACGCACCCUUCCGAAUUGCGACUGAGAGGACAAUGUUUGCCAUGCCCGAGACGACGAUUGGAUUCUUCCCCGAUGUCGGUGCUUCUUUCUUCCUGCCUCGGAUGAACGGCUCCAUCGGAACCUACCUCGCGCUGACUAGCGACCGGCUCACUGGACCCAACGUCUUCUACAGCGGUAUUGCGACUCACUACCUACACUCGUCAAGCUUGCCAGAUCUCGAGGCACGUCUGGCAGAGUUGCGCUUCCGCGAUGAGGACCCUCUCCCCCGGAGGCUCGAGCUCAUCAACGAUACGUUGGAGGAGUUCUGCACCGGCCUGCCCUACGACCAGGCCUUUGCUCUGAGCGGUGAAACUCGACGGGCCAUUGACCGAUGCUUCAGCAAGAACAACGUGAAUGACAUCAUUGCUGCCUUGAAGGAAGAGCGGGGUGAGACUGAAGAGUGGGCGCAGAAGCAGCUGGCCACGCUUGGGAAGCGGUCGCCCACUGCCGUGCAUGUUGCCCUUAGGCAGAUGCGGGUUGGCGGUAAAUGGAGCAUCUCGGAGACCUUUGAGAAGGAACACCAGAUUGCCAGCAAGUUCAUGCAGCACCACGACUUCACGGAGGGUGUGACGGCGCUGCUGGUGCGUAAGGAGGCUGCCAAGUGGCAACCCGAAUCUCUCGAGGCCAUCCCAGCCAGCGAGAACACUGCCAAGCCCUUCUUCGACUUCAACAAGGACGCCGGAUUUAAGCUGUUUACGGACCGCACCUACUCCGAAUACCCCUUCGCCGCCCUCGGCGUGCCUACGGAGAAGGAGAUUCAGGCCAUUGUAUCUGGCAACUCUCUUACACCAGCAGAACUCGCGAAGCAGGUCAAGGCGUCAAGAAAGAACCGACAGGGUGUGGCAGAGGUUGUAGACGAGAUUAUCAGCAGGAAAACAACAGUUGACGAGCAAGGCAAAGCCAAGUGGGUGGCCGGUGAUUCUGCAGCAUCAAGUCGACUAUAA